UAUUCCUCCUUGUCUUGCCUCCUGGAAGGUGGCUCGAUGUGCCAAAGAGAAAAAGGAAGGACAGCCAGUCUUCGAUGAAGAGUAUGUCUGGUAAGGAUGAUUCACCUCAAACUUAGGCCAUCCAUGUUUUUGUCGUCAUUAUAACAAAACAACAAAACAGAAUACACCAUUCAGGUUCACAUAAAAUGCUGAGGCUUUUGAUGUGUAAGAGGAGUCUAUGUUCGGUUGAUGAUGUUCAGUGCAGCUCAUCAUUUUAGAGCUGACUCCCCUCGUGGACUGUGAAAGGUGUCCCAGCUUUGUCCGUACUGUUGUAUUAGACUCCUUGCUGUUUUCUUUUAAAGGCUUUGUAGAACAUGAAUAGGCUCACCGAGGUCGCCAAAGUUUAAGAGUCCCCUUUAUAACUGUUAAUCAAAUCUUUGAAAGGACAGGAUUCAAAUACGGAACUAAAACUUCAAAAAGUAAUCCAAAUGAACACUAUUUGCAGUCUCAUAUCAGACUCAGAAAGCCAAGCAGAGAAGCCCAGACUUCCCUCUCCCCAAACACUUCGGCCAGCUCUUUAGUGGGAUCCGGAGACCUUCUUUGGUCAGCAGGAAGACAGUCUCUCCGUGUCCGGGGUAUUCCCAGGGGAACUCCUCCUCUGAGGCCAUGCCAAGAACACCUCAGCAAGUAGGCAUCCAGGAGACAGCCUAACCAGAUGCCUAAGCCACCUUGUCUGGCUCCUCUUGAUGGGAGGAGCAGCGGCUUUACACUGAGGCCCUCCCGGAUGCCUGAGCUUCUUACCUCAUCUCAAAGGGAGAGUCUGGACACCCGGCGGAGGAAACUCAUUUUGCCCGCUUGGAUCUGUGAUCUUGUUCUUUUGGGCACAAACCACAAUUCGUGACCAUCGGUGAGGGUAGGAACAUUGAUGGACCGGUAAAUUGAGAGGUUCACCUUUCGGUUCAGCUCCUUCUUCACAACGACAGACCGAUGCAGAGUCCACAUGAAUGCAGAUGCUCCACCAAUAUUCCGAUCAAUCCCCCGCUUCCCUCACUUAUGAACAUGACCCAAAGAUACUUGAACUCCUGUACUCAUCCUCGACCUGCAGAAGGCAUGCAGUCAUUUUCUAACUGAGGACCAUGGCCUCAGAUUUGGAGGUGCUGAUUCUUAGGUCAUCCGCUUCACACUCAGCUGCAAACCGCUCCAGCACUGUCCUCCGAUGUCCACACAUUGAUGCAGCAGCGUGUCAACCAAGAUAGUCCCACAACAUCCAGAACCUUUAGGAACUCUUGACAGAUCUCAACCCCAGCAAAAGGAGAGCCAACCUCAGAGUCCCGGACUCUCCUUCCUCAUUGAAAGGUGUGUCGGUGGAAUUGAGGAGGAGAUCGAGGAUGAAAGUCUAACUUAUUUUUACCCGGGAUGUUUACCAAACAAAUUCUAGGAGCACAUUUUCUUGUUUGGAUUGGGUGACCUUCGAGGGUCCAACGCACAUUCACUUGUAACAUGCCUGAGGCUAAGGUGCAUUACAAACUGGUUGCCAAAAGGAAUUCAAGGGAAACAGGUUGCUGUGGUGUUAGUUUUCUUGCUGAGUAAAACAAAUCUAUUAUUUGCAAGGGGAAUAAUGUUUUAGUUGAUAUGGUACAUUUUAAUAACAGACAUUACUGGAGACGAGAACAAGUAAGGCCCAAUACACCCAUAAAGGCAAUCAAGCUGCUUUUGUCCCAAUUUUGCUCCUUCCCGACCGACCAAGCCCGUCAAACGCCAGACUAUCUUUUGUUUUAUAGGAUUAUCCUAUAAGAUUAUUAUUAGGUCAAGAGGUGUGUUAAGAGUGUAUUUGUCCCCAUUAUAGGGUCUGAAACAGGUCAGGGCCGACAGUCUUUAAAUAAUUAACACGUUUCAUAUUUACAACCAAAACUCUUCAUGUGUGUGGGGAAAGCCGACGUUUCCCCGAGUCAUGAUGCUGUGAAUUGUGACAAAACGGAAUGUAGCCAAUCAAAAAAGCGCCGAGGAACAACGUAGCGGCUGUAGAUUUAAAAAAAAAAAAAAAAAAAAAAAAAAAAAAAGCAUGCUUUACCGGCGGCACGGUGGACGACUGGUUAGAGCGUCUGCCUCACGAUUCUGAGGAACGGGGUUCAAUCCCCAGCCCCGCCUGAGCGGAUUUGCGAAAGUUGGUGAAAGAAAGUCCUGGGUAGACUCCCUGAUGUUUCGCCAGUCUCCCCUUGUGUAUGUGAGUCGCGUAAUGUCUCCAAAGAAGAAUGAAAAACACAAAAACAUAGAGAGCACGUAACUGAGGCGUCCACACGGGUAGGCGACAUCAUCUUGGGGACCUAUAUUACAUAUUCCAUUCUGCUUCUUGCCUUAAGUCACAUACUCUGCCUUUAGAAACAAUAUGCUAAACAGCAUAUUCACUUGUGUGGUUAUAGAUAAAUCUUGAUUUAAUGAUACCUCAUGAGUAAAAGAUGACAUUAAAUGCAAUUAUCUGGCUGGGAGUUUUGCUUAAAGCACUGAUUUUAAAAGGAAAUGGAGGUUUUCUGGAAGUCAUAAGACUAGUUUAAUCAAAAAUGGCUUCAGUGGAAGAAUAGCUUUUUAGUGAUCACAUCCAUACUCACAUGGUAGAGCAAGAAUAGCCCACAAUCAACUUUGCCUAUGAAAAAAAUAAGAUGUGGUCAAACAUGACUGUAAAUUAAUGAAAUACUAAUUCAAUAUUUGAAUAUCACAUUAUUUAAAAAAAAAAAAAAAAAAAAAAGCAAAAGAUUAUGGAUCAAUAAAGAUCUGACACAGAAUGCAAAGUCUAAUCAGGUCCUGUGAGCACAAGUACACUCGUGCUUCAUAAGCUCAACGAUGGACCAUGAAGUGAAGACGUACCAUCUGAUCAAAUCAAACUUUAUUUAUAGAGCCCUUUUCAUACAAUGACAAGCAUCUCAAAGUGCUUUCCAGAGUUAGUCUGAUGACUUCCUGCUUGUGCACCAACACGAUAGCUUUGAGGUUCUAAAUAUACGAUUGCGUGCUAUGAGUGAGAGCAAACACGAUCAUGUGAAAUAAAUGCCCAGCAUGUGAAAACCUUGCGUUGAAACCUAUUGUGACGUACUUUAUGUGUGGAUGGAUAUGUGUACAGUACUUUCAAGCCUCGAUCACAGACCCUCAGGUUGCCGUACAAAGGAGCUUCAUUGAUGGCCCCUGUUUUAAUGCAAAGCCCCUUCUCCGCUUGGACUUCUCAUUGUCUUCCCCAUUGUUAUCACUACUCGUCCCUCAUCCCUGAAAACCUCCCCUGUGCCGGAUCUUCGUUAUCGUCUGCUCAUCCGCCUUAUUCGGCAUUCUUUAUUCACCUCUCUCCUAAUUCCAUCCCAUUUGUCUCCUUAACCUCCUCCUCCUUUCCUAUAGCUCUUAGCAUCUCUGUUCCAGGGUAUAUCCCCAGCUACCUGGAAAAGGAUGAGCCAUGCGUGGUGUGCGGCGACAAGGCGACCGGUUACCACUACCGCUGCAUCACAUGUGAGGGGUGCAAGGGUUUCUUCCGUCGGACCAUACAAAAGAACCUCCACCCGGCGUACUCAUGUAAAUAUGAAGGCUGCUGCAUCAUCGACAAGAUCACCCGCAACCAGUGCCAGCUUUGUCGUUUUAAGAAGUGCAUCUCUGUUGGCAUGGCCAUGGACUUGGUGUUGGACGACUCGAAGCGUGUGGCUAAACGGCGUCUCAUCGAGGAGAAUCGGGAGAAAAGAAAAAGGGUGGAGUUGGUGCGGACGCUCCAGGUGAGGCCAGAGCCAAACACCGCUGAGUGGGAAUUGAUCAGGAUGGCAACUGAGGCCCACCGACACACGAACGCCCAGGGAUCCAGCUGGAAACAGAAGCGCAAGUUUCUGCCAGAUGAUAUUGGCCAGGGAAAAUUGGUACCCACAUCGGAAGGUGAUAAGGUAGACCUGGAAGCCUUCAGUGAGUUCACCAAGAUCAUGACGCCUGCCAUUACUCGUGUGGUGGACUUUGCCAAGAAACUACCCAUGUUCUCAGAGCUUCCGUGUGAAGACCAGAUCAUCUUGUUGAAAGGGUGCUGCAUGGAGAUCAUGUCACUACGCGCUGCCGUACGCUACGAUCCAGAAAGCGAGACACUGACACUUAACGGCGAGAUGGCUGUGAAACGUGAGCAGCUGAAGAACGGCGGGUUGGGUGUGGUGUCGGAUGCCAUCUUUGAUUUAGGGAAGAGUCUGGCCCUGUUUAACCUGGACGACUCUGAGGUGGCGCUAAUGCAGGCCGUCCUUCUCAUGAGCUCAGAUCGCUCAGGGCUAACGAGUGUGGAGAAGAUCGAGCAGUGCCAAGAGGCUUACCUGCUGGCGUUCGAGCACUACAUCAACUACCGCAAGCACGACAUUCCUCACUUCUGGCCCAAGCUGUUAAUGAAGGUAACAGACCUGCGCAUGAUCGGAGCGUGCCACGCCAGCCGCUUCCUCCACAUGAAGGUGGAGUGUCCCAACGAGUUGUUUCCCCCACUCUUCUUGGAGGUCUUCGAGGAACAGGAUGUGUGACUCUAAAACAGCGGCACCCCCGUACAGAAAUAAACCCGGUCGGGGGGUGCAUCGGGAAAGACGGAGAAAGCAAAUCUAUUUUUUUUCUUCCUUGAUGGGAUCAUUUGGCUUUGGACACCCACCGCCUAUCACCAGCACUCAACAUCACAAGGAAAAGAAAAACAAUGUGGCGUCUUUGUCGUGUCACUUUAAAAGGUAGAGUUAUUUAAACUUACAAACUCAAGUCGAACUAUAUGCAGAAAAACACCAAUCCAACGGGCCGACUGUCUCCCUACACAGACACCUUUCACCUCAUACGGUGUGCUCCUUUUUCCUGCUCAUAAUCUCCCCAGACGAUUCCACCCCACAGGCUUCUUUGUACCUUCCUUAUCAGCAGCAGACCCGCUACAGUUCAGCCUGACCCCCAUUCAGCCGCUGAUACCACAGUGUUCGCCAACCUACCUCCCUCACGUAGUGAGCUCUCUAAUACACGCACACACGCUCCCCCAAAUACAACAUAAACGCCUAUAUUUUUACCUCAUAGCUUGUCAAAUGUAGUGUCUUAUUUAUUGAUGGUUUGCUGCGAAAUCACACAACCAUGUAGUCUUCAGUCUCUGCUUGUCCUUUUAUCAUGGCUCUUAGUAUGAAGCUACAGUACGGCAAAAUGUCUUAGUUAGAAUUCAUGCCCGGCAUGAGAUGCAGCUCACCCUUGCUCCAAGCUUUUCUUACAUAUUAUGAUGGCUUACGAGCACAGGCUCAAGACUUUCUAUUCGGGAUUCAUAAUCAGUGGCGGCUGGUGGGAACUUUUUAAUGUACACCUGUAGCCCACACCAUCCAAUCCAGUCCCUCUCGGAUAUCACGGGGAAUGGAGGUAUUCCAAACACAGAACUACUUACCAUAUUUGACAGUUAUUCUAUUCCAAGCUGCAAAUAAAAAUGAUUAUUUUUUAAGAUGCCUCUAUGGAGCUUAUUUUGGUGUCGGUGGGGAAGCCAGUUUAAAGAGCGAAGUGGAAACGGCAAUCAAACGUUAGCUCUGCGGACAAUUGGACGGAGGGAAACGCGGGAGUUGAUUGUGGAGUUGCGACAGAAAGCACCAAAAGAAAGAAGUGUAGCUUGUGAAGAACUAAAACAAAAAGAAAUGGAUUCAACAAGUUGACACACAGUUUGUUCAAAAAGGCUUACUCUCAGAUGCAACAGGCAAAUACAUCGUGAAACAGGCUGAUAUUUAAAAAAUCAAUAAAUUAGGACAACACUGAGCUGUGUUGAACUUGCACUAUUCCUUAUUUAAGCUCUUCGUAAGCAAAGCAAAGCUCAAGUGAAACAUUCCCCAGACACUUCUGUGUUCUAGAUUUUGCUUCAAGCCUUCAAAAGUAGGACCUGAUUCCGCAGGUAUGCUAAUUGUUCGCAUGUCUCGAUUAGGCUGUCUUGCAAGUCAUUUCUCAGUUGAGACGUGCGUCCAUUUCCAACGCAUCCUCAAUCGUUGUAAUCUAAUUUGCUCUUUGGCCUCAGGAAUGUUGGCACCCUCACACCCUCUUUAUUAGCCAGCCCAGCCGUCUCUGAUUAUAUCGAAUCAUCAUCCCCUCAAACAACAAGCUGACAGUUUGAAAGUAUUUUUCCUCAGGAGUUGCAAACCAGAACCAAAGGAGAGCGAAUGUUGUCACUGGGUAAAAUGGAACAUACAUUUCAAAUCCCUCAGAUACUGCAUGUGAAUGCUGAGAAAUGUCACCAAGGCAAAACGAGGAUGAUAAACACUGCUUUAUACACCGCAGGAUAUCUAGCAGUAUCCCCAGAUAUGCAAAUUACGCCUCCAUGCGGCUGUGGGCAAAAUCGGGGUAACACUUGUUUUGAGGCAAUGCCGUGACAUCAUUAUUGCCACCCUUAGAAUUCUGGUGAGUGAACAAUGUUAUGUGCAAUAAAAGCAAUGCCAAGAAAAAGAACAAUUACAAUGCCUCUGUCGGCAUUCACGUUUUUUUUUUUUUUGCAGUGGCAAUAGUCUCAAUGCUUUUCUCAGCAUUUACAUUACACUAUCAGAUGUUGUAUUGAAUUUGACUUUACUUUCCCAGGAAAGUCGCAUCUCUCAGCAUCCGUAUUUAUAGAAUGAUGUAACUUCACAACUCCUCUUUCAGUGGUAAUGUAAAAAACCGACCCCUGGCAGAGGUUACCUGGUUGCAUAGGAAUAUUCAGUGUAGUAAUAUAGUAUAUAAUCUCUCAGAGACUUUUCAGAGUUUAUCUAUUGUAUCUCCAAUAUAGCCCUUCUUGCUUAGCUUCAUCUUGCACACACCUCACGCUUUUCUUUAAUAUCAUUAUCUCUGACCUCGGUUCUACCAAUCUGCACCAAUCACCGGGCAGCACCGCCGCACCUCCUUUUCUUUCAAUGUGCCACAAAUCUACUGCGCGUGUACGACGACACAACCCAACCACCGGCUGUCAACUCUUGCCGAUGUGAUACAUUUAGUUGUGUGGCGGCGGGCGGGGAUGAAACGGACCGAUUCUACCUCACCUCUCAUGUCGGUGCGGCUGCCCUCUCAUCUGCAACACAUCAACACGCAUGGAUAGUACAUAUAGAGAUGCCAACGUGUACAGUGGCUCUUUUAAGCAGGCCGUGGAUCAACAGUUGACAAGUCAAUUUGUGGGACUAACAGUGACUGUUUUUUUUUUUUAAAUUUAAGAACCAGAUAUAAGACCCUAUUCACAUGUGACCUCAACAUGUAUGUGUGUGUGUGUGUGUGCGUGCGUGCAAUCCCAUGCUAAGUAGGCACUUCUGAUGGAGUCGCAUGCGCAUCAUCGCAUUCAUCUCUGUCGACCGCGUCACGUGCCCGCUGUGUAUGCAAAUUCAUUGCAGCAAUGCUAAACAGCAAUGUUGCUCUUAAGGUUCCCAAUGUUUCCAAACCCCCCUCAAUUUUUGAUGCACAUUUUAUGCAAUUGAGACAUAUAGACAUCUUGGGUAAAGCACACCACAAACAUGUUGAUGUCUCAUCUGAAAUGGGCCUCUUUGACUAAACAUGGUGCAGAUUGACCCUACGGCCAGGGGGAUCGAGACCUCCAAAAAGGGGACUCCGGGAGGAGCCAUUUUGGCCUGAUUGGAUCAAGUCAACAAAUGACUGUGUCGGGGGGUUAAAUAAACACCGAGUCUGCACGAUUCGCCUCUGGGUUCAGCCAAACCGAGAGGAAGGAACCAGCGCUUGGUGUCACGUGACUUAUUGCACAGAACUGUUUUCUUGAGCGCGCCCAACUGCUUGUGGCUGCCAAAGUGGACGCUAAGCUGUUUACCGUGAAGAAGAAGGAAAAUAAGCUUCCUGAGCUACUCUCCUAUCCUGAAAUGUACACUUGGAAUUGAAAUACUGCUGAAAUAAGACCCACUCCGCAAUUAACUAUCAGAUUUUUCUUCUGCUGCGCUAAAGCUACAAUGUAAUGUAAUAUGUAGUAUUACGUAUGUAACAUCUCCAAACACCUUCCUUUAUCUCUUUGAAUAACAUUUCCUACUCGUUUGCCUCAAACUAUCUUGAGUAGGGUUGCAAAAAAAUCGAUCUUUCAAACCGGAAUAUAUGAGAAUUUACAGAACAUUAUGAGUCAAACAUUAAAUGUUGAAAAUCAUCAAUCUGGGUGUGUAUAUAUUUAAUUAAAUAAGUCGAAUUGAAGAAAACAAAUUAGUCAAAGAUCGAUCAAUGAAUUCAAAUCUAAUUUUUCAUUAAUUCAUUUCACAAAAUAAAUACAAAUAUAUAUAUAAAAAGAUAGAUAGAUAGAUAGAUAGCCAUAUAUAAAUAUCUAAAUAGUUCCAAAAUUCCUUAUCAUCCCUGUGGGAUGUUUCGAGAACUACUAAACCAGUAUUAUUUUGUUUGUUUGUUGUUGUUUUUUGCAACCCUAAUCUUGACAAUAUUCGAGAAGAUAAGUUACGGCGCGCAAGCAUGCACGCACACGGCGUGUUUUCGCACCUCUCUCUUGCCCGAGUAAACAAACAAAGGGCCGUUUUCACUGCCAUUUUUCCUUGGUUCCAAGCAGUAGCACCUGCAAAAGCAUAAUAGCAAACAUGGCUCGUAUUAGCAGGAAAAUCAUCACAGGUGGAAGCCAUUUUGAACUUUGUGAAAGAAGCCCCUCAUAGAGCCACGGCCUUUAAUUGCCACCACGCUUUGUUGCUACAUUGCAUGCUAUUUAACUAACUUCGAACUGUGAGCGCACACACACAUGCGCACGUAGCAGGGACGAUCGAGCCGCGCGGUUUGGCAGUAGCCGUCUCCGAGGGCUGCUGUGAUCUCACCUUGACUGUCAAGGAACGCCACAGAGCAAGCGGCUACUGGUUCUGCUAUGUGCAUGUAGUGUAGUUAGUACAAAUAUCCACAGAGCCACACGCGCUAUAUAUAUGCUAGAUUGUUAAGAUGGCCACCUCCAGUCAGAUCCCAAAGCUGUCCAAGCACUCAUGUAGCACACCUAUAUUCAUAUUAGUGAAGUCGUACUGGAGUGUAGACAACACAAACUCAUUCAGAUGCUUGCGAUCACCAUAUGAACUUCACAUUCUCCCACGUUUUUUUUUUUUUUAAAUAAACUCAGGAUCACAUUCCCGAGCACAGAGCGCACUCGUGUGUUCCAGUUUCAGGACAACAAACGAGGUUCGGCGCCGUUCUUUCUCAACCGCGGGAAGAGAAGCUCCUUCUUUUUAUGAUAAACCGCCACCAGCACCACAGAACGCACUGCCUUCAGCCAUGAUCAAAUGCACCAGCACAGCAGAGAGACAGACCAACAGGCAGUGGUCAUCUUCUUUACCUCGCCAGCUACUGCAAGGCCAUGUUCAAACAAGCGAAACCACCGAGUUAUUUAAAUCCGUUGAGAUUGCGGUUUUGUCUUAUUUGCACACAGAAGUAAAUGUGCCAGGGUUGCAAGAUGCUUCUGCCGCAUUCAAGACUGAUGGGAAGUCAGAAAUAUCCCACUUGCAGCCUGCGAGGUUCAACCUCAAAUCAUGGCUAUUUCUAUGCACUUUUGUGACGUGCUCGCAUGAGGGAAAAAAAGUAUUCUGAAGUGUUUAUACAGGGACAUUAAAGAUAAUGUUUUCUUUUUUCUGGAGCUAAAAUAUUAGCUGUCGUAUAACGGAGGAGCCAAAAUGACUCUAAUUUGUAGUUGAAAACAGUGCGUAUGGGACCAUUCAUCGUGUCGCUGUGGGCACCACCGUUAUUGUGCGAAGGCCCGUUACUGCGUUUUGUCAUAUAGUUGGACCUCCGCUGUCGUAGCCGUAGAAUUGACCUAUUAUGCGUGUUUGAGCAUGGCUUUAGUAGUACAUGAGACAGUUGAUCUCGUUUGAGCUGUUGCCUCAGGGCAGGAUAUUUGUUGGCGUAUGCUUUGCUACAAUUGCAAAAGUGUUUCGCCACCCGCUGAGCACUGAACCUUUCCCUGUGUCUCUCACUCUGUACACUCGUUAUGUUAUACCUCAUGUUUACAACAAAUGAAAACUGUGAACUUCUUGUUUAAGCUGUAAAAGUACACUUAAAAGCCUGAUCUGUCAUGCGCCUGCUUGAAAACUGCUUUUACUUACCCAGGGAAAACAUCUGUUAGUCAACAUCCUCUGCGUCCUCGGGCACGUUUGUCCGUCCCGAAGCUCCCGAUCCGUUGUAACGGCAAGCCUCCUCC